CAACAAUCGCCGUCGCCGUCGCCAACGCCAACAUGGCUUGGCGCAAUCAAGGAAUAACCGGCUCUAACAACAUUCCGUUAGGCAAUAGACGUAGAUUCGGCGAUGAAGGCGGUACUCCCUCGGACGAUGGCGGCUACAACCCGUCCGCUCCUGCAACUGGCCUCACCGAGAUGAGCGCAAAGCGUGGCCGCAGCCCUGUGGUCGACGCGGAUGGCAAUAGGAGACGCAAGAAGCGCAACCGCUGGGGCGACGUGACCGAGAACAAGGCCGCCGGCUUGAUGGGCCUCCCAACGGCCAUCCGGGCUGAUAUGACAACUGAACAGCUUGACGCCUACACGCUGCAUCUGCGCAUUGAAGAGAUCAGCCAGAAGCUGAGGAUCAACGACGUUGUCCCCGCCGACGGCGAUAGAUCUCCUUCCCCGCCACCGCAGUAUGACAACUUCGGACGCCGCGUGAAUACCCGUGACUACCGCUAUCGCAAGCGCCUCGAGGACGAGCGCCACAAGCUGAUCGAGAAGGCAAUGAAGGUCAUUCCCGACUACCACCCCCCCCAGGACUACCGGCGCCCGACUAAGACUCAAGAGAAAGUCUAUGUCCCUGUCAAUGACUAUCCCGAGAUUAACUUCAUUGGACUACUUAUCGGCCCUCGUGGCAACACCCUCAAGAAGAUGGAAUCCGAGUCCGGCGCCAAGAUCGCCAUCCGAGGCAAAGGCUCCGUCAAGGAAGGCAAGGGACGUUCUGAUGCCGCUCACACCAGCAAUCAGGAGGAAGAUCUGCACUGCUUGAUCAUGGCCGACACGGAAGACAAAGUCAACAAAGCAAAGAAGCUCAUCCACAAUAUCAUUGAGACGGCUGCAUCGAUUCCGGAAGGCCAGAACGAGCUCAAGCGCAAUCAGCUUCGUGAACUUGCCGCACUGAACGGUACCUUGCGUGAUGACGAGAACCAGGCCUGUCAGAAUUGUGGAGAAAUCGGCCAUCGCAAAUACGACUGCCCACAGGCCAAGAACUUCACCGCUAACGUCAUCUGCCGUGUUUGUGGUAACGCAGGCCAUAUGGCUCGGGAUUGCCCGGAUCGUCAACGAGGUGCCAACUGGCGCAACGAUGACAGAGGUGGACCUAACGAUCGUCCUGCUGCUGGCAGAAUCGGAGGCGGGGGUAUACCGCAGCAACGCAUCGAAUCUGGCCCAGGUUCCUACGACAAAUCUGGCCCCGGUGGCUACGACAAAUCCGGCUCCGGAGGCUACGACAAAUCUGGCUCUGGUGGAUACGAUAAACCUUCAUCCGGUGGCUACGACAAAUCUGGUCCGGGUGGUUACGACAAUGCCCCGCCUGGCAACGGAAACUAUGCGGGUGACGAGAACCUCAAGCCCUGGCAGCGUGGCCCAACUGGCGCUGCGGCUCCCUGGGCGCAGCAGCGCGGCCGAGAUGAUCGAGACGGUGGUUCCUCAGGUGCAUCCGCUCCCUGGGCCGCUAGUGGAGGACGUGGCGGAGACAGCUACGGCUACAACAACUACAAUGCGGCUCCGGCAGCUCCUCCUGGUGCGAAUCCUUGGCAGCAACCGGCUGCACCUCCAGGAAAUCAACAGUACGGAUAUGGAGGCUACGGCGCGACUUCGUACGAUCAGCAAGCCCCUGGUUACGGCCAAGCCUCUGGACUGGGAGCUCCCCCGGGUAUGGCUCCACCGCCUGGACUCGAGGCUCUUUUCCAGAACUAUGGUAGUGCUACUAGUCCGCCUCCACCGCCGCCGGGAGACGCUCCUCCCCCACCACCUCCUUCUGACCUUCCGCCACCACCGCCACCUGCUUAGGUCGGCGACGUUCGAAUGACAAGAGGUCGGUCUACGGAGUGCUUUAGGUAGCAAACUCAACGGCGGAUGCAAUGGUAGUGGUAAUGUGCUUGGUACUUUUCCCACUCCAAGGUUCUCUUUUGCGAAGGUCAAGACUUUCGUUUACUCUGUCCUCUCUUGGCAUCAAUUUGUAUGCAGUUUGACUUCUGCAAUGUCUUGGAGGCUUUCUUUCUCUUUCGAUUCACCGAGGCAAUGUCUUGCUCUCCAGCUAGUCAGUGUACUU